GGUCCCCUCUUUUCCCCAUUUGUCUUACCCCUAUUCUAGCCGUAGCAUUAAGUGCAGUUUUGGGGGUGAAUGUAAACUGCGAAUGAACGAAUAUAUACCUAGGCACUCUCAGGUCGACGUUGUUAAACACCCAACAUGUAUAGAUGGACAAUUACUUGUCUCUGCUGUGUAGUGUGGUGUAUAUCCUGGUGUGCCCGAGUCUUGGGUCGGGUGGAUCCAUGGAAGUUGGGUGACGCGGCCAUCCGUCCGAGCAUGGUGCUUGGGUGCUUGGUACCUUACUCGGGUGCGAGGUGGCGUUCCUACUGGCUCCUCCUCGCCUUCCUCUGGACUUCGUUCUCUUUGUUCUUUUCUUCAGCCGUUUGUCGUCAACCCAUAUCGUGUAACCGUCUUGAGAAAAUCAUUGCUCGGUUCCGUCAAUGCAACCCGAUAUAUCACCGGGCAGGUUGAAGACUGGAUGCACUAGGUUCAAAACGGCGCCAUUUCCGCGACAUGUAGUAUACGUCUUCGUAUCCAGUCCUUAGGUUGACUCGGCUCUAACCCCCAGCAGGCCAUUGUAGCCGGCAGAGGUUUUCACCCCCUUCGGAUGAUCGAGGUGCGACAGCCAGUCCCACCAAGU